GAUUCGGAUUUCGUUUUCGAAAAUCAAAGCUUGAAUCAAAGCUCGCAGCUCAGCUUUCAUACCAAACUCUCUCUCCCUCUUCGUUCGAAUACCAUCGUUCUUAAACCUCGUUCUUCUAGAGAGAGAGAGAGAGAGAAAUCUCAGAAGAUUUUCAAAAAAUUUCUGAUUCCAUCCCUCAAAUUUCAAGCUAUUUGCAAAAAAGCCCCUUCUUUUUUGGGUCGGAGUCCCUAAAAUGCCCGGUUUGGGUCGAAGAUAGGGAAGCGCCGCCGCUCAUAUAACCACCGCCACCACCAUGAUCGUCAGAACUUACGGCCGUCGUAACCGAGGCAUUUCCAGAACCUAUUCGGACGGUUUAAACGACGCCGUUAACGACCACAACGACAGCAUCGACGACGAAGAAGACCCUUUUAAUUUUAGGGAUUCGUUGUCUCAAGAAGGAGAGGCUUCUCUUCAUUCUCAGUCUCAGGACCAUCUUUUUAGUGUACCCUUUUCGUCACAGGACUCUUGGUCAGCUUCUGCUUUCGAUUUCGAUCCCUACAGUCUCGAUUCGUCUCAGGGCUCUUUACCUGGUCUACCCACCAACGGUAACGGGAAAAACGGUAAGGGUAACGGUGGUAGUGUUCGGAAACCGAAGAGGGUUAGGAUUGAGAAGAAGGAAUUGGAGGCGCAGCAGCCGCAGCCUAAGAGUUUUCGGCCUUCGAUUCCGGCGACGUCGACUUUGAUGGAGGCUCAGGAGUUUGGGGAGAUGAUGGAGCAUGUGGACGAGGUCAAUUUCGCUCUUGAUGGGCUUAAGAAAAACCAGCCGGUUCGGAUCAGAAGGGCGAGUUUGCUGUCUUUGUUGUCUAUUUGUGGAACGGCACAUCAGAGACGGCUUCUAAGAACUCAAGGGAUGGCGAAGACAAUUGUUGAUGCCGUAUUGGGCCUUAGCCUUGAUGAUUCAGCAAGCAAUUUAGCUGCUGCUUGUCUACUUUAUGUCUUGACAAGUGAUGGUCAAGAUGAGCACCUUUUGGAAUCACCCAGUUGCAUUAGAUUUCUAAUUAGGUUGUUGAAACCAAUUUUGUCUACUGCUACUGAAGAAAAACUGCCAAAAAUUGGUAGCAAGCUUCUAGCAUUACGUACCGACAUUUUGCAAAAUACCAAGAAAAAAUUAGACUCCAGUUCUGCUGCACUUUUUUCCAAAGUUCGUGAAGUUCUUGUGAGUUGCAAGGAGAUAAAAUCAAGCCACAAGGAUGAUAGUAGCAUGGAAAAGCCAGAGUUAUGCCCAAAAUGGAUAGCUUUGCUGACCAUGGAGAAAUCAUGCUUAUCUACUAUUUCUCUUGAAGAAACCACUGGGACAGUGAGAAAAUCUGGGGGCAACUUUAAGGAAAAAUUGCGAGAGCUCGGAGGACUUGACGCUGUCUUUGAGGUUGCCAUGGAUUGUCAUUCCGAUAUGGAGAGUUGGAUGCAAGAUGGCUUACCAUCUACUCGGGAUGUAAAACUCGACAUAGAUAUGCAGAGCCUAUCCUUGCUUUUGAAAUGCUUGAAGAUCAUGGAGAAUGCAACAUUCCUAAGCAAUGAAAAUCAGUGCCAUUUACUUGGGAUGAAAUGCAACAUACCUUCAACAGGAAGCCCCCUAUCCUUUACACAGCUUGUUAUGAGUGUCAUUAAGAUUCUAUCAGACCUUUAUUUACUCAAAACUUCUGCUGUGGCUUCCACUAAUGAAAAGUCUUCUUCUCCUGUUGAUGGAAAGGGUCACGCUCUUGAAUUUGCUUUAAUUACCAACUCUAAAGGGGAAAAUGAUAUCGAUUUAUUUUUUGAUCCCAUUAAAAGCAGCUCAGGGAAGAUCUUCUCUGACAAAAGCUUUAAUGGAAGUCGGAAUAAUCAAUUUUUGUCCUUUUCACGGUUGGAUUGUUCUAGUUCUGAAACUACCAGCGCCUCUAUGAAUGAUAUCUGUUCGUUAAGGACAAGACUCAAAUCUUCUGCAUCCAGCUCAUGCAGUGGAACAUCAAGGAGUUUAGUUGCUAUGCAUAGAGUUAAGAAUGGUUCUAGGAAGAAUCUUGAUAUCGUUCAGGGAUUCUACAAUAAUGAAGAUGUAAAAUCUGAACUUUUGGAGGAAAGCGAAGAUCCUUUUGCCUUCGAUGAAGACGAUUUUGGACCCUCUAAGUGGGAAGUACUGUAUGGAAAGCCAACUACAUCUCGUACUAAAAAAAGCGGGGUACCAAACAGGGAAAGAGAACUCGUCGAUGAUUGUGUGGCUCAAUUAAUAAUGAGCCAACAGGAAUCAAUUAAUGGAGAAAAUAACCAUUCACAAGAAGCUUCCUGCUCUUCGGCUAUCAGUGAAGAGUCCAUUCUCUUAGCUGACUGCCUUCUUACUGCUGUGAAGGUUCUAAUGAACUUGACAAAUGACAAUCCUGUUGGGUGUCAGCAAAUUGCUGCCUGUGGAGGACUGGAGGUCAUGUCUUCCUUGAUAGCUGGCCACUACCCUUCAUUCAGCUCAUCUUCAUCUCUUUCCAAGGAGAUAAAAAAGAAUGGUUCACAUGUUGAUAUGGAUUAUCAUUUAACUGAUCAAGAAUUAGAUUUUCUUGUUGCUAUUUUGGGCCUCCUCGUGAACUUGGUAGAGAAGGAUGGUCAAAACAGAUCACGGCUUGCAUCAGCACGUGUACAAUUGCAUAAAUCAGAAGGGAUUAAAGAGAUGACUAGCAAGGAUGUAAUUCCUCUACUCUGCUCCAUCUUUAUGGCCAACCAAGGAGCAGGUGAGGUGGCCCAGGAAGAGAAAUGUUUGGCAGAGAACGACGAGGUUGAAGCAGCAGUGGUGCAAGGUGAAAAAGAAGCCGAGAAAAUGAUAGUAGAAGCUUAUGCAGCAUUGCUUCUAGCAUUCCUAUCAACAGAAAGUAAGAGCAUACGCGAUUCUAUAGCUGACUGUCUCCCGGAUCACAAAUUGGCAGUCCUCGUCCCUGUUCUCGACAGAUUUGUGGCAUUCCAUUUAUCAUUAAACAUGAUCUCCCCGGAGACUCAUAAAGCGGUGAGCGAAGUAAUCGAAUCGUGUAGGAUACCAUGAGGACUUGCCACAGACCUCUAGAGAUUCUGUACAGACUCUUACCUUCAUAUUCCAGAUACAACUCUUUCGUUGUUAGAUGACAUGACCACCAGAGAUUUGGGUCUGUUGCAUCAUAAAAUCGUAUCAGAUUAACCAGUCCUGUGUUAAUUACAGUCUAGUUGACAUGUGCUCUUUUUCUUCAUCUUCUCUUUAUAAUUUUGUAUCUUUUGCUAUUUCAUUCUUUUGUAGGGUUCUUUUUCUUUUGGGGGUUUCUCACCUAUUUGAUGAGGAAGGAGAUAUUAUUGUAUACAAAAAUGAUUAGCAAAAAAACAAAAAAAAAAAAGGCAAUGCAGAUGUAAUUUGUAUUUGUAUAACCUUUUUCCUUUUCAUACGAGUAAAAUAUUGAAUGAAGGGGCAGGCAGGUGGUUUUGGGAGGCUCUAAAUGAGCUUAUGAAGUUGAGCGGGCUCUCCUCAAUAGGAUGGCAUUGUUGUACAGGUAUUCGGUUGUUUGAUUUAGCAAAACCCGAAAGACCUUUUGAGGGGCUACAGGGAUGGAUGAGGGUGAGAAAAAACAGUGUUAUUUACUAUGGCUGUUGUGUUUUAAUCUUAAUGUGCAACAAUGAAAGAUGAUCUCAUGUUUUUCUCAUUAAUAAAACUUCCUAUUUGAAUUUUUCAA